ACAGUCAGCGACAGUUGAUGUUGUGAGCGCGGCUGCACGGACUAACGGUCAAUACAACACGAUCCCGAGAGCGUUUGAUAAAGAUGAACCGUAUCCAGUGACGUGCAGAGCGGGAAAGCAGCAUGGAGACCAAAGCUCCCGCGCUACUGAACGCGGUUCCUCCUCACGGACACGUUAUUGUCAGCGAGAAGUGGAGAAACUCGUCCCUCAUCCAAAGCCUGAAGGGUGGAGGUGUGAAAAUCCUCUUUGAGAAUGAGCUUGGUGUGGCAGAUUUCCACCUUGCUAACAAAAUCUGCAUCCUGUAUGUGUCUGAGUGCGACAUCAUAGCAGCAAACAGCUACAAGAGGAAACUGGUCCGCUAUAGAAAUGCCAGCAGCAGUUUCCAGAAGCUGGUGUUGGUGGAGAACACCAGACUGAGUGAGCAGUACUUGUCUAUUGUGCAGAAGUUUGUGGUGUUCGACCUCGGCCUGACUCUGCUGCCGGUCAGUGGGCAGAGCGAGGCCUCGCAGCUCAUCACUCAGAUCGUCCACGGGGACAGCAGGGAGAACCCCUUCAGGAGGACGAGCUCCUCGCGGCUGUUGGACCCAGUGGUCCUGUCUCUCGUCCAGCAGGUCCCCGGGGUCGGCAGGGUCAAAUCUCUGGCCCUGCUGCAGCACUUCUCUAGCAUCCGGCAGCUCUGCAACGCUGCCCCCUCUGAGCUGGAGCCCAUCGUGGGUCAGGCAGCUGCUCAGCAAAUCCACAGCUUCUUCAACAAACCCAGUGCUGCUGGAACAUGAAGCGCUCGUCACCUUCUCCUUUUGCCACUGACUCUCUGUCCCUGGUUGGUGGGCCAGCACCAAAAACCCUUUGCAGAAGCUCUUUGACUGUCAUGGACGCUGACUCUUUAUUUAAAAGACUGUAAUUCUGUAUAAUUCUGUAUAUAUGUAAUAAAACAGCUGUGUUUUGAAAAGA